UGUACCCUUAAACAAAAUGGAGGUCAAAUUUUCACGUGUGUAUUUGUUCGUGUUAAUAUUAAUAUUGUUUUUUUAGUUCAUUUUUGGGCGGUUUUAAUAUACAAUUGAUAAAAUGAAGUCUAGGUUUACUACAAUAGAUAUCUGCGCUGUCAUUACAGACGUAAAAAGGUGAUGUAAUGCUAUUUGGAUGAUCAAUAUAUCUGUGUUUCUGAUAUUUUAUAUUUAUAUUUGUAUACAUUUGUGAAUUUUAUAUUUUAAUAUCCAGUUUUGCAUAUAUGGUUGAUUGUAGUUUUGUACUUUUAUUUUUUAUAGGUUUUUAGGCAUGAGAGUGAACAACAUUUAUGAUAUCGAUAACAAAACGUAUCUUAUAAGAUUAGCAAAGUAAGUUUUCAGAGCCACCUUAAGUGAAUCAACACGUCUUGACUACAUUACCAUAAGAAAUGAAUAGAAGGGCAACUCGCGUGUACAAAGCGUAACCAAUUUUCAGUGCGCACGCGCAGGAUUCUCAAGCUCGCAGCCAGUAAAAGCUAGUCAGUGCAAUAGCGAUUUGUAUUACGAAAUGUACUGUACAUUUUGAUCACAAACAUAUAGCGAUGACCAGGCCUUAAAAUAUCGGUCGGUCACGGACAUUGUUUUUUUUUUGUUUUUUUUUAUUAGCUUUGCCAACUAGGGCAGGGUCACCACAACAGCAUAUGCCAAUUACUGUGGGCCCUUUUUACCUAACCCACCCUGUCAACUUUUCCCUGUGGGAGGAAACCGGAGUACCCGGGGAAAACCCACGGCGUUCGGCAGAGCGUUGACUUUUACUCUUUUCACAUGGGGACUGGGUUCGAGUCGCACUGAGAAGGUACUUAGUGAGAUUCGAACCUGCAGCCUCAGAGGUGAAAGGCAAGUGCGCUAACCACUUAGCCACACCACCAAAUUGUCCGACCCAUUCGUGAAAUUGUCUGACGUAGAAAGGAAACCACCGGACAUUCUGUCCGACCAAGGUGAAACUGAGGUUUAUUGUUUGUCCGACCCGAGUGUAUUGGUGUCCGACCGAACGGUAGCUUUGUACGACGUAAAUCAAAAUGUACCCUAGCCCAGGACUAGAGGCUUGUAUGUUAAAUGGAAAAUCAGAGUACUAUUGUAUAAAAGGUGAACUAGAAAUGUUGUUUUAAUUAACGUAGUUGAGCGUGGGGCGGCGAGCGAAAUGGUGAAGUGGAAAACGGGCUUAAGUUGUCGAAGUCUUUUUUUAAUACUGCUGUUCUGGAAAGCAAGUUAAUUUUGGCUUGGAAAUAAGUAUGAAAGGAACAAAUUAUUUAAUAUCUUUACAACAUUUACCAUUUAUUCAUUUGUGUCAUUCAGACUUAUUUCCGAGUCAAAACUGAACUGAGGUCAUCGGACAUAUGUCCGACCCAAGCUCAACGUCACCAGACAUUUUGUCAGACGGCCCUGGAAAAGAUAUUUUAAGGCCUGGAUGACAAAUGAUACGAACAUUUUCCCAAGAUUUCUGGUCCCCUCUGAGUACUGCGGGCUCCGGGUAUUUUGCCCCCCUGCCCCCCUCUCGCCAGCCUUGGUUUUAUGAACUUGUUUAGCAAUAUGGUCGAUUAGAAAAAACUGGAAUUGGUUGGGAAAAAUGGUAAAUUUUCAUCAUCUUGGCUUCACUUUGCUCAUAGGUCAAAUGACUGAAGUUCUUACUCCAGAUAUAUAGAGCUCACUGGCCAACCCCAUACUGAACCUUACUUCUGGGAUAACUCAUGUCCGUAUUUAUUUUUUCUAGACCAGAUCACAAGGUGGUCUUAUUAAUUGAGUCUGGGUUGCGAUUUCAUAGCACUGAAUUUGAAUGGCCCAAAAAUACAUUCCCAUCUGGUUUCGCCAUGAAGGUAAAUAUGAUAGCGGACAUCUUGGGGGCUUGUUGUACGAAUGCCAUACCGUACAUUACCGUUUUCUAAUGAAUAAUGAUUUUUCAAUAAAACAAACACAGGUAAACUAAACCCCGAUUGUAUACAAUGCGAAUAAUGUCGGACACUCGUCAAUUUAAAAUUCAACAAAUUUUUAAUGUUCUUAUAGAUGCGUAAACAUGUAUCCGGCAAACGUUUGGUCAAUAUAUCAAUGCUUGGGAUUGACAGAAUUUUAGACUUUCAGUUUGGUUCCAAUGAAGCAGCAUACCACUUGAUUGUGGAACUCUAUGACAGAGUAAGUGGCCUAAAAAUCCAUGUAAAGUCCAUUCAUUGUUUUCUCCCUCCUUUCCCCAGCCCUACCCCCCCCCCCAUUUCUGCUCUCCUUCUUUCUCUCCUUCCCUUUUUCACCCUCCUUGCCUUUGUCUCUCCUUCCUUUCAUGAUCACUUUUUCCCCCCAAAUCCUUGACCUUUUUGCCAAAUGAAGGAGAAAAUAAUAAGUACAGUUAACCCUUUAAGUGGCAAUGCUCUGAUGCUCUCUGAUGAUGCCAAGCAUGCAAUAUUAUUCAUCAUUCAUGUUAUUUGAUUAUUAUAAUAUACAGUUUCCCAUAUUGGGAUAUAAUAUGUUUUCUUUUAAAAACCCUGUAUAAAACAGACACCUCUCUAAAUUCUCUAAAUUCAAAUACAGACACUUUGCUGUUUUCCUUUGGUUUCCAUGUUAGAGAAGUUUGACUGUUCUGUGUACACCCCUGAACACCUACUGUACCGUAAUACAAAAUAUGUAGUGCUGUAUUAUGCAUAUGUUUUAUUUUGAACAACCAAUAAUAUUCACAUAAACUUUCUUGCAACAUUUAGGGUAACAUCAUCCUCACUGACUUUGAAUACAUUAUUUUGAGUUUACUGCGGACACGAACAGACAGCGAAGAUGUCAGAUUUGCAGUACGGGAGAGAUAUCCUUUAGAAAAUGCAAAGCAGUAUGAGCCACUGAUGACAGUGGAAAAGUGAGUGAAUAAUGAAUACAUUGUUCUCCAUAGACAUCAAGUAAGGGUAUACCUAGACUAGGGUAUACCAUAUUCUCAAUUCACUCUGUAUUUAUUGAUAGAUUACAAGAACUUCUUUCCCAAGCAAAAGAUGGUGACGUUUUAAAGAAAAUUCUCAAUCCUCAUUUAGGUAUUUUCAUAUUUAUACACAUAUUGGGUGAACAAUAUAUUAUAAAAUUUCUAAACUUGUUUACUUUCUAGUGUUUGGUCCAGCGUUACUUGAUCAUUGUCUUAAACAAGUUGGCUUUGUUUUAAAUGCCAAAAUUGGGAAGGAUGUCAAUAUUGAACAAGGUCUGUUUCAAUUAAAAUAAUAUUUCAAUUAAAGUUACCUUGCAAAUAUUUUUUUUACAUUUUCCUUCCAAACAGUAACAUUUACAGUACACUAGCAGGAUUAGACACUUCACAAAAUAUGGGCAGGAGGGAUUUGGAUCACUAACAUGUAUUACCAUACUUUUGCUGAUGCAAAUCUAAGUCCUUUAAAUUCUGUUGCAGCAGCCUUAAAUUUAAUGAAAACUUGCUUAAAAUAAUGUCUUAGUUGUGACAUUAUAGGGGGGGGGGGGGUAACCCCCAGUAUCCUCCAUUGUUUACCAGAAUAAUAAACCUCCCCAUUUUUCAAAUGAGCAAAACACUAUGAUGGAAUAAUAAGGAAAAGUACUUGUAGAGUAGGUCAUUAAAAUCUUCUAUGUACGCAUUGCGUACCUAUUUUUACAUACAUUGGAUCUUAAUCCAAGGUUGUUGGUAAGUGUUUCUCUAAGAAUGUCCAAGAUAUUUAGAAGUUUGUAAAUAUUUUCCUUCCUCAGAUAUUUCCAAGAUAAUGGAAGCUCUCUCUAAUGCGGAGAAAUAUUUAGAGACGACUAGGAACUCGCCAUGUAAGGUAAAUAUGAGGGAACCGUGUAUGCUACCUGCAAACAAGGUCAUUUUUUUCAGAUUCAAUUUGAACUGCAUUGUAUUUUUGUUUCGUAAACAUAGGGAUACAUAAUCCAAAAGCGGGAAAAGAAACACGUUGAUAGUAACUCUGGCGAUAAUGACCUUUUGACGUAAGUGUAUUUACCGGCCUGCAAUUAUGCUUUUCUGAUGAAAGGUCAGAGAGAAAGAGAAAUUAGCAGAUGAAGCAAUAUUCUUGCAUCUUGCGUAUAAAUGUUUUUGUGGUGUGUUACUUUCUGGUUUAUAAAUGUCAGAAGCUGCAUAAUACGACAUCUGUAUUGAAGACAACGGUGAGCUUUGUUUCAUUUAACUUUAGAUACCAGGAAUUUCACCCGUUUUUGUUUGAGCAACAUAAGGAUUGCCCAUACCUAGAGUUUGACUCAUUUAAUAAGGUGAGGUGGAUACGAAGAAAACGAAUUAUUCAUUUAUUGAAUGGGUGACUCCAGCUAUAGACUAAGUUUUGAUCAAGGCAAAAGAACGAAAUCCAACACCACAGCUAGAAAGAGCAUCUUAGAAUGCGUAAAACUGCAAAGUUGUAAAAAUGAAGAAAAUAUAGCCUUGUGAAGUUCGCAAAUUUUGUAUAUAUAUUUGUAUUACGCGCGGUAAAAAUAAACACUUUGGGCUCAAAAAUGUUUAUUUUUCCCGCCUGUAAUGCAAAUAUAUACAAAAUUUGCGAACUUCACAGGCCCUAUAUUUUCCUCAUUUUACCACAUUUCGCAACCAAACUUUGCAAUUGUACUCAUUUUAAGAUGUUCUUUCCAGCUAUGGUAAUGGAUUCGUUCUUCUUCUCUAGAUCAAAAUUUCAUCUAUACCUGGAAUCACCCAUUAUUUAGAAUGAAAUAAUUUCCGGAAGGGUGUUUUCUACUAACUUCAACCUAGUAUCGAUAUUUUCAGGCAGUUGAUGAGUUCUUUAGUAAGAUUGAAAGUCAAAAACUCGAUACGAAAGCAUUGCAACAAGAGAAAGCUGUUUUGAAGAAACUCGAUAACGUCAAAAAAGAUCAUGAAAAACGAUUGGAUAGUUUGCAAAAAGCUCAGGUUAGAAUGACACUGUGUAUCGUAGAAUGCCAUCUGCACUGGAUUACUGCAUUUGAGAUAUUGUGUUACUCAUUAUCUACCUUAGGUUUUGUAGACUACUGUAUAUAAUUAUUAAAAACUCUGACGUGAAUAAAUUUUCACGCAGGAAGAAGACAAAGAAAAAGCAAGAUUAAUUGAAAUAAAUUUACCGUUGGUGAGUAUGGUAUACUUAUUUUUAUGUUUGUUUUGGGUGUCUGCUUAGAGAGACGGUAAGGGCUGAGUCAUCCUUAUUGGUCCAGUGUUAUUACAGGAGGAAACUGCAUGUUGUACAAAGGUGAUCUACUACCUUGCGGCCGUUCGUUGUGUAUUAGGGAGCUUAAGCGCCAUGUAGGACGGCAACACGACGACGACGGCCAAAACAAAUUUCUUCAAAUAAAUGAUAGUAAAGAAAACUUGUCGUAUAUUAUAAUUCGUAUGAAUUUAAUACAGUAUAAGAAGUUGAAAACAUUGGCUUUAUGUUUGGGAAGAGUUCUACUGAACCGAAUUUUAAGUUACACUUGUUACGGCUUGAAAUGCAGGCGUUGUAUAAAAGACGUGAAAAUCUGUGAUUUGCCGUUGUAAACAGAGUGACGACUACGUCUGAAACUCCCCUGGGACUUUAAUUAUUUAUUCACUUUUCAUUGACUCAUUGUAUUGGUUGCCGUCGUCGUCAUGUUGCCGUCCUACAUGCUUAAGAUCCCUAUUAUAUAGGGUGAAGAGGGAAGAGCCUGGGAAUGAGGUUGUGUAGGGUCAGGGUUAGGGAUACCACAACGUGAAUGCCAAUGCUUUAUCACUUUGUUCUUUGUUUCCAAAGGUGGACCAAGCAAUCAAAGUGGUGAACAGUGCAAUAGCCAAUCAAAUUGACUGGGCAGAAAUCAACAAUAUUGUUAAGGAGGCUCAAGCACGGGGAGAUGGUGUUGCCAUGGCAAUAAAACAAUUGAAGUUAGAGACGAACCACAUUAGCAUGCUUUUGAAGUAAGUCCACAUUCUGACUGCAAUCUGGACGUCACAGAUUUAGUUGACUAUUUAAUAUUCUCUCUUCUUAAUUAAUUACAAAAACUUCCAAUUUCCUGCAUCACGCUCCAGUGUACAGACUUUAGCAUAGGGAACAUUACUUCUUGCCACCGAAAAGCUAGGGCCUCUCAUUGACCAAUUGACUUGCUCCAUACUGUAUCUCCUUUGAGCUACAUAGUUCUGUGUCCUCUUCAGCGCACAUUUAGAACACGUUAUUCUUUACAGGGAUGGGUUUGAUCACACAGACAGCAGUGAUGAUGAUGAUGAUAGUCAACCAAAGCAACGUAAAGUAUGUUGGACCCUUCAUGCAAUAGCCCGAUUUAUUGUGCUGCAACUUGCAACGCUAUUCUGACGUAGAGCCAUGUUAUCAUAGAGCAUGGCCCGCAUUCUACUCGAUCUACUGACACUUUCUUUACAUAACAUACUCUUAGGGGAUGAAAAAUGAAAGAAAUAUGAAUUUUUUGGCGACUACCCUUUAAAUAACAUAGCUCUAUGUCAGCAAUUGCGUGGUGUAACAUGGCCUUACGAAUGAUCCAUAUAGAGAGUAUAAUUGUAAUGUAUAAAUAUAUUGGGAAAAUAGGAGACACACUACAUAAUUACUGAAAAAAGCAAAACGAAGAAAACAGAUUUUAGUUGUUUACUUGUCUUUUAUAUCUAGAAAUCGAAUACACUGAAGAUUGACAUCGAUCUCGCUCUGACAGCUUAUGCAAACGCACGCAGGUGAGUUUUGUAAAAGUUUCACCAAGUGUGACUUUGAGGGCGAGAAGCUAAUUCAAAGGCCUGGUCAAACGAGAAUGAGAGUUGAUGAGAGUUGAGAAGCGAGAGUUUGCAUGAGAGUCUUCUCAACUUUCGUGAGCAAUAGCAAGCGCGUGAGAGAGAGCCUAGGGCUAGGCUGGGAGUGCAUGGAAGUCGAUGAGAAUUGGCGGUAAAACGCAAGAAACUCUCAUCAACUCUCAUUCUCGUUUGACCGAGGCUUAAGACUGAAACAAUGAAACGGUCCUCAGUCUAAAAUAUACAUAAUACCAGGUGAUCUCGGAACGCGGAAAAGGCCUGGCACUAGUUGUAAAAUAGAAAUCCAUUUCUGGUUUAAAAUUACUCAAUAUCUCAUCAACGGUACUAGAUUACUAUUUCAAAUUUGCCCCAGACAUUCAUUGCCCCUGUGCAAGACACAGACACAAAGUUUCAAACAGUUCCACAAAAGAAUCAGGGUGUCACAAAUGAUUGAAUGUACGAAACUGGAUUUCUAUUCUGUUGCAAGUCCCAUUCCUUUUGCUCACCGUCAGAUCACCUGGUAUAUUAGCCACUUCAGAUUGCCAUGCAUUGUUUUUAGUUAUUACACUAAGAAACGCCAGGCCGCAACAAAAGAACAAAGGACAGUGGAGGCUUCUAAAAAAGCGCUAAAAUCUGCUGAAAGAAAAACAAAGGAGACAUUAAAAGAAGUUGCAACGACAACCAGUAUACGGAAAGCAAGAAAAGUUUAUUGGUAUAUAAGAUCAUUGUUCAUGUUUUGGAAUUUUUUGUAUUAUUUUAAAAAUCUAAUACUAAUAGCGUGGUUCUUCGCAAACGUGGUGGUCCAGUGUAGGUAGUAUUCUACAAUAAGCUGCCGUAGUUUGUGUCUGAAGAACUAGAAAAUGAUAUUUCGAACGUGGUGGUCCAGUGUAGGCAGUAUUCUACAAUAAGCUGCUGUGGUUUGUGUCUGAAAAACUAGAAAAUGAUAUUUCGAACGUGCUGGUCCAGUGUGGGUAAUAUUCUACAAUAAGCUGCUGUGGUUUGUGUCUGAAUUUCCUGAAAAAGAUAUCUCAGAUGUGGAGGUCCAGUGUAGGUGGUAGUAUUGUGUAAUAAACUUGUUAAUAGUUAAAGUAAAGUUUUCAGCGAUGGCCCUUCAUUGGGAGGUCGGUGGUUUGAGUUUCAUUGUAUUGCUUUAGGUUUGAGAAAUUCUUUUGGUUUGUAACUUCUGAAAACUAUCUUGUGAUUGGUGGACGAGAUCAACAGCAAAAUGAAUUGAUCGUCAAAAGACAUUUGAAGCCUGGUGAGUCUUGUUGUACAUUACUCAUUCUCGUACCCAGAGCCCUUACGCGCGGUGCGACGAGGGGCUCUGGCCAAGUCCAUAACCGGAUACCAUAAAAACAUGGUAAGAAAACAAUGUCCGGUGUUAGAACUAGCCAAUCAGAUGCCAGUUCGGAAUAUGGAUUUGGCCAAAGCCCCUCGUCGCACCGCGCGUAAGAAGGGCUCUGGCUACGAGAAUGUACAUUACUGUAAAAAUUGUAUAAUGUAAUCGUUCGUAUUGUUUCGUGUGCACUCCAUCAAAUUCGGGAAGUGUCUGUAGGAGCAAGAGAAUGAAAUACAUCUCUGAAAUCCACAGACAAGACUACUACAUAUAGUGAAAAUACUUAACAAUUUCUCAACUGCAUGCCAGUCACUAUCUGCGGCACGACACUGCUUAGUGAAAGCCAAGCCCGGAUUUUGGCGGAAAUGCUGGGUGGUGGGAAGUGGAAAAUAUUUUAUGAAAGAUGCUGCUGUCUGGCCCAUGACCUCCCUAACGUUGUCACUGUGCAGUGUAUAUAUUGUUUCUAUUAAUGUAUUCAUGAAUUAUGACUAUACGACUCAUCCAAUUUCGACCCUCGUUACAAUUAUUAAAAUACUACUUUGAACACAUUGGCAACAGGUAUUAAAAGGUAUUAACAGGUAUUAACUGUUUUGAUCCAUCAUUUGACUUUUUCAAGGGGAGGUGCAUGAAUUUUCAAGGGAGGUGUAAAAAAUCUCAGGGGAGGUGCAAAGCGAUCUCGGGGGAGAUGCACACCUCCCCACAUCUCCCCUCAAAAUCUGCCCGUGGUGAAAGCUCCCUCCCUGUCUCUUCACAGGUGAUGUUUACGUCCACGCUGACUUACACGGAGCUUCGAGCAUUGUUAUUAAAAACCAUACCUCAGAAGCUGUUCCUCCUAAGACCCUAAACGAAGCGGGUUGUAUGGCAAUAUGUUACAGUAGUGCAUGGACUGACCGUAUAAUCACCAGUGCUUGGUGGGUGUAUCAUCACCAGGUCUCUAAAACCGCGCCAACUGGAGAAUACUUGACCACUGGAAGUUUUAUGAUUCGAGGAAAGAAGAAUUACCUGCCCCCGAGUUAUUUGAUCAUGGGGUUUGGGUUUCUGUUUCGUCUGGAUGAAACCUGCGUUGGAAAACAUAAAGAUGAACGGAGAAUUAAGAACGUGGAAGAAGACACAGUCUCAGAGGUGGGUUGAAAAAUUUCAUUUCUGUGUAUUUUUCAUUUGUGCAAACAGGUAUUGUAGCUCCGUGUACGUAAUAUCUAGACCUUAGAAUAUCGGUCAGAGAACCGUCUGACAAAAUGUUCGAUGACUGUGAAUUUGGGUUGGACAUGUGGAUUGUGAUGUCCCAUGACUUUGAGUUCAGUUUGGCUUGGAAAUAAGUAUGAAUGCAAACACAAAUUAAUAUCAGCACAAUUUGUAAAAGUCUUUUGAAUCUUGGCAAUUUCGGAACCCCACGGUGAAAACCCCGCACUUGAUUACACAUUUCCAGUUCACUUUUUAUACAUUACUUUGGUUCUCCACUUAACAUACGAGCUUCUAGUCCUGGACUAGGGUACAUUUUGAUUUACAUUGAACAAAGUUACAGUUACUUUAAACAACAAUUCACUCGGGUCGGACAAACAGUAAACCUCAGUUUCACUUAGGUCGGACAGAAUGUCCAGUGGUUUCCUCUUUACGUCGGACAAUUUCACGAAUGGAUCGGACAAUGUCCGUGACUGACCGAUAUUUUAAUUCCUGUUAAAUAUCCAUUCUCGUUUUAGAGUACAAGUACAACCGGUGAAGAUCAAGAACUUGAUAUUGAAGGAGAUGACAGCGGAGACAGUGAUACCGAGAAACCUGGGGAUACAGAGGAUAGUUUAGGUAUUCAACGGGAUUUUGAGGGUGAAACAAGGACAGAUAAAGAUCGGAAGGAUGAUGGUGGGGAUAAAGAUGAACCUUUAGGCAUGAUUGUUGAUAAAGAUAGUAAUUUAAGGAUUGGAAAGGAUAUCGAGGGUGAAUCUAGUGAACAUGAGGGGAUCCAAGAUUAUGAUGGUGAGGGGGAUAACGAUAAACGUUUAGGUAUAACUGUUGAUAAUGAGGAUGAUGAAGGAACGGAAGGGGGUAUAGAAGGACCUAAAGAUAUGGAAGACAAUACAGAAAAUAGGGAAGAUAGCGAUAGUAACGAGGAUGAGGAUGAUUUAUCUUAUCCCGAUACAUCCAUAGACUUCCAGUACACUAGUGGCGGGAAAUUUCAACUACAGCGAGGCACAAGUUCCUCUAGUUCUCAUGCCACUGAGGACUUUGUCGACCUCGGUGAUGGUGAAGUACUUGACCUCAGGUCCUUUGGGAAAGACAGCGAGACUCGAAAACAACGUUUGACUGCAAAACAACGACGACAAAUGAAGAAAAAGGGUGGUUCGGGGGUAUUGAACGAUAAAAAUGACGUUGAAGCUCAAGAGGAUGUGCCUUCGGGCAUGAAACCGAAAAGCGAUGCUGAGCAAGGUAAACAACCAAUCACGCAACAGAGUGGAGCAAAGCGCGGGAAAAAGUCAAAGUUGAAGAAAAUCAAAGAAAAAUAUGGCGACCAGGAUGAGGAGGACCGGGAACUUAUGAUGCAAUUUUUAGGAUCAGCGGGUGCUCCCAAGGAUAGUAAGCGAAAGAAAAGCAAGGAUAAUAAAGGACGUAAGGGGAGCGCACAGAACACUCAGGGUGAACGUAGGGUAACUAAGGGUACUAAUAAAGCUGAUAAUAUCAAACCUACACCACCAAAUACUGGGGAUAAUGGGGACAAACAGGGUAAGGAUGGGAGUGAAGCAUCGCUUGGACAUAGUGGGGAUGCCUUACAGAAUUUUGCUGGAGAUUUGGUGCAAGGGUUGGUUCAAGAUGGUGGAAAUGAACAACAAGAAACAGAAGUAAAGGUAUUGAUAUAGUAGGGAACAAUGACUCUAAUCUUGUUUGGUUUGUGUAUUAUUAUAGUUAUUUAAUUCUUUAAAAAUCUUUACAGUCAGAAGAAGUUGAUGAACCUGAUAUUGAAAAGGUGUGGUAGAUGUUUUACUUAAACAAAAAAAGAUAAUUCGUCUGCCUGUAAAAACUAGGGAAAAGUCUAAAGAGUUGAAUGAUCAGUCAGACGGGUGAUCUGAGCAUGAUGAAAGCCACCUACUAAUGAAACUCUAUUUUACUUUAAUAUAGGAUGAAGUGGGUCUACUAGAUUCUCUGACUGGUUGUCCUUAUGCAGAAGAUAUGACGUUAUUUGCUAUACCUGUUUGUGCUCCGUACACUGCGGUACAGAAUUUCAAGUAAGAUCACGGAACUGUGCCAUGCUUGUGGUUAAUUUUAUCGAGGGAUAAAUUACUCUGAAAAAAGCGUACGAAGGUUUUUAGGAUUAGAUAAUCCCGGUAAUUUUUCUCUGGAUUCUGGGAUUUUUUGCCAAAAUUUAAAGGGUUUUCGGAUUUUUUUUUCAGAUUCUUUUCGAAAUAUUUUCAAAACAAAGCAAAUCAAAGAAGGGCAUUUUCACGCCAAUUCACGAUUUAAAUUUUUUAAUUUGAUGGGAUUUCUCGAUAUUGCAAUAAUGGAUUUCUCGAUAUUGCAAUAAUGGAGGAUUUUAUUGGGCUUUUCCCAAGUAUUUUAUGCAAUUUUUAGAAAUUUCUUGGAAUUUGGGGAUUCUAGGAUUUAGUACGAUUUUGGGAUUUUUCCAAAGAUUUUUUUUAUUUUUGAUGAAGUUACUCUGAAAGAGUAAUUUACCCCUCGAAUUUUAUUCCCAAUUGUGAGCAAGCCGUUGAUAAUUUUUUUUGGCAAUUUUAGGUUCAAAGUUAAGUUGACACCUGGCACAGGGCGGAGAGGAAAAGGUAGAGUUAUAAACUAAUUCGCCUAUAAAUUAUUUGUAGGUUUAUACUCAAUCUCGUACACAGAGCUAUAUAGAAGUAACUAGACUGCAUGGGUUUUUCUUUCCUUGAGUGAAAAUUCUGCGCGAAAAAUCAUACCACAAGGGCGGGAUGGUCUUUGUAGAAGUGAAGAAAAUUUCUGCUCUGUAUGAAAAACUCGGCCUUGUUCAUAAUCCAUCUGAUUGUAUCCUUGCACAAAAACGCCUAUAAACGGUAAUUUGGGAAUAAACAAAAACGUCUGAGGCUUUGAAUAUAUUGACGCACAGCGCUAUUGAAAAGCCAGUACAUGGUAUGAUGCAGGAAGUCGUACCAUUGGGAAUUCAUGCUGUACAAAAAUGUCAUGCUUGUAUGUUAAUACAAACAAUACCAUAUUGUUGUAAUGCUUGGUUAAGUAAUCGUUAUGAACAAACAUGUAGAAUCAUUUGAAUAUUCAAAUUCUAUAGUUAUUUCACUCAUAUAAGCCAGGCAACGUGUGGAAAAAAGUCUUUUUUGAACGUCUUUUUGAGGACAAAUCCUUAACCAUCGUGGUAUCGUAUAAAAGUUGAACAAACUAUGAAACUGUGGUAACCAUGAAUCUAUGGUACGAAAAUUUUUUCACUUAUAGGUUUAUGUUUAGGAGCCGUUUAUAUGAGAUGGGCUAACCAUCUGAACGAAUUUCUUCUAUGUCUUACAACAGCUUCAAGACUUUCCUAAAAUGAAGUUGAUAUAGGAAUUGUUUAGAUUAGGUGCUGUCUCAAUAAAAGACUAUUGCAUGGGGAUGCUUCAUAUUAACAGUUCGUCGCCCUAACAGUUCGUCUGCCCAUAAUAUAGCUAACUCAUGUGGUUUUAAAUACAUUUUUUGUUUGAACUGGGUGUAUAUUUGGUAUUUUGUAGCUGCAAGGACAGCCUUGCAUUCUUUUAUUCAAUCUCGGGAAACUACAGCUCGCGAGAAGGAUUUGUUAAAAAGCGUUAAGGUUAGUUACAUUAGUUACAGUUGCGCAUUACAGCUAAACUAACUUUACUUAUACCUGGGUAGCUGUGUCAGUUAUAAACUGUUCUUUCUAGCGAUCUAGCAUACACCGUCCAUUAAUUAUUUGUCCAAUGUGAUUAUAGGAGGAACCAAAACUAAAUUAACUUUAUUUGCCCUGGAUAGCUCUAUCAGUUCUAAACUGUUCUUCCUAGAGUUCCAGUAAGGAUCAUCGCUUAUUGCUCCAGUGUUACUGCAGGAAGAAACCUAAGUUACACUAACUUUAUUUAUACUGGAUAUAGCUCUAUAGGUUCUAAACUGUUCUUCGUAGAGUCCAGUAAGGAUCAUCGCUUAUUGUUCCUGUGUUACUACAGGAAGAAACCAAAACUAAACUAACUUUAUAAGUUUAUUUGCCCUGGAUAGCUCUAUCAGUUCUAAAUUGUUCUUCCUAUAUAGAGGUCCAGUAAGGAUCAUCGCUUAUUGCUUCAGUGUUACUACAGGAAGAAACCUAAACUAAACUAAUUUUAUACCUACGUCUUUUGAAUCCCAUGGGAGUGGUUACAAUCACCUAUUAGACAUCAAUCUCCAGUCACAGAAGCAAAAGGCACGUGCUCUAAAAACUAUUUUGUUACAAACGCCUUUGGUAAAAUAAGAAUCCAUAUUCAUUGGUAGAAAUGAAUGCCACAGUUUGAUCAUUUAUUUUGUUUUAUUAUAGGACGCAGACCUUUCACGUUAUAUACCUGGCAAGGUGAAAAUUUCCGCGCCCAAUUUACACAAAGGUAAAAAGUAACUUCAGAAAUAUGCACAUCACUGAACGUAUGCGUAUAGAAGACAGACUAGUCCAUGUAUACCUCUACCAAUCCAAGCAAGCUAAUUGAUAUACACCACAUUCAUUACAAUAAUGGACCAAGGCUCAAUAUACAGGGUGAGUAAAAAAAAACUGACACCUUUGUUAUUCAAACUAGCCGCGAAGGUAUCAGUUUUUUUUUAUUCACCCUGUACUAUGAAAAACACAUACUGGCAUAUAAACGAUUUAUGUAACCGUCCCCAAGGACGCAAAAGACAAGGAAUAAUUUGAAUUGCAAACUAAAAAAUUAUUUUGUCAAGUUUGUCCAAUAUGGCGGAAAUGAGAAUAGCAGAAGAGCUUUAAUCUAAAUAGCAUCAAUAACCCGCUAAUUCGGGUUUAAUACAAGAUAUAGCCGGAAUAAGACAUUAAAAAAAUCUUUGCAGUUGACAUCGAUUGAGUUAGAGAUUACAGUACAGUAUAUGUCUUAAUAUAAUUAUAGACAGAUUAUUUCUAAAUAUAAGGCAUACUGGGUGAAUUAUAAUUUCCUAAAUGUCUUAUCAUGCUAUUUUCCGCGGUUAGUGUGGCUAAUAUUAAUGUUCGUAAUCUUUGAUAAGGUUUGCUAGCGGGUUCCUCAAACACAGACGGUAAUGAAUAGUAAAUGAAUAGUAAUAACGAUUAAAUUGAAAUAUAUUUUGUAUAAUGCAAAAAAUUUUCAUUAGUUCGUUGCGCAAUAUAAAACAACCAACUGGUACUUUUAGUAACAUGACAGCAAAUACAAAAAAUCUCAAAAUAGCAAGACAGAGAUGCAGUAAGGAUGUUUAAUAAAUAAUAUUAAUAAUAAUAACAAUAAUAACAACAAAGCCCCAAUCCUGGAACGGGGGAAGUCUAGUAC